AUGCCGUUCGAACUAACCAAUGCCCCAGCAGCUUUUAUGGACACUAUGAAUCGGGUUUUCAGGCCAUUCUUGGACAAGUUCAUGAUCGUGUUUAUAGAUGACAUACUGAUAUAUUCUCCCUCAGAAGAAGAGCACGAAUCACAUUUAAGGAUAAUAUUGCAAACAUUGCAAGAACACAAGUUGUAUGCCAAAUUCUCAAAAUGUGAAUUUUGGUUAUACCAGGUGGCAUUUUUAGGGCAUGUUGUAUCGGCCGAAGGAAUAUCGGUCGACCCAGUCAAGAUAGCGGCUAUGACAAAUUGGAAGCAACCCCAGUCAGUUACUGAGGUUAAAAGUUUUCUAGGACUGGCAGGGUACUAUAGAAAGUUUGUGGAAGGGUUUUCAAAAAUUGCGUCACCCCUCACCAAGUUAACUCAGAAGGGGGUAAAGUUUGACUGGAAUAAACGGUGCGAAGAAAGUUUUCAAAAACUUAAGACUAAGCUGACAACCGCUCCAGUACUAGCUAUGCCAAAUGGAGCAUGA